ACUCACGGAAGCGAAGUAACAGCAGCGCGGAUAAAGUAAGUAAGAAAAGAUUUCGUGCAGCGAUGGCCACCUCAGAACCGGUGUACAACGCCACCACAGAAGCACCACCCACGAAAUCCAAUAAAUGGUUCAUUGUACCGACGACUAACCUGGAUCUAAACAGAUUCUUCAUCAAACUGGCGGAAGUGCUCUUGUCCUUCGUGGCGUUCGUCCUGGAGGAACUGGUGAACGACUGCACUUCCUGCGGGCCGCUCUACUUCUUCGAGUUCGUCAGCUGUACGGCGUUCCUCUUCACCCUCCUCCUCCUCAUCCUCCUCGCCACCAGCCUGCACCAGAGGGUCAGCAUCGACUGCUGGCCCACGCUGGAUUUUGGAUACACCGCCCUGAUCGCGGUUUUCUUCUUCAUCGCCUCCAUCUCAUUUGCAUCGAAUAACAACCAUUUGAGUUUGGAACAGACCACAGUGGCUUUCGGCUUCCUGGCCUCAAUCGCAUUCCUGGUGGACGUCAUCUACUUCUUCAUGAAGAACGGCGUGCCGUGUUUAAAGAGCGGGAGGGAUCAGGUGGGCGGCGCGGCGGGCCCGGUGCCGGAGAGCGAGAAGCUGAACUCCAACCGGACCAACGGGACGGACUGAACGUGAGACGACCGUGUGAAUCCGCUUCAGACUGUCGAACGUUUCAUUUAACCAGCGUUUAAACAAACACCUUUUAUACAGCGGCUGUGACAGGAAACGCCAUCAUGCUAAAAUAUCUGAGUUAUUUUUACCUUUAAACAGGAACCGCACGCUCGUCUGUGUUUAUACUCUGUAGCCAAAAGUAUUCGGACACCCGAUCGUGAUCUAUAAGCAGUUGUGAUCUAUUCAGCUAGAACAGCAGACUCAUUAGACUUUAAAGUACGUCUGUGUGUGGGAAUUUGUGCCCGUUCGACUGGGUGCUGAUCGAUCAAUUGGUGUUCCGGUUCAUCCCAGAGCUGAUGAGUUGGUUUAAGGUCACUGGAGGUCAUUUAGACAAGUCAUGUCCUGACAAGUAAGGGCCUUCCCUAAACUGUUGCUGCAAAAGUUUCCUUUAUAUGAUCGAUAUGAUUUAUUACACCUGUUAGCAGCUGCUGUGGCUGAAAUUCACGUGAAUUCAGAAAAUUUUAAGGCGUGUCCCAAUACUUUUGUCUCUGUAGCGAUCGGAUCAUGUCUGAUUGAUUUUAUAUUUUAUAUUUAAUCACGUCUUCGGUGCCUUUAUUGUUUUUAAUCAGCUAUAAAAUGUUUGUAAUGUUUAAUCAGCACCUUAUAGUGGAGGGUCGUGUGGAAGGGUGUGGGUUUGCGCCCCACCUGUGCCUGUGGAGGAGUGUGUGUGGUUGGGAGGCAGCGUGAAACGAAGUGUGUGAGUGUUUUUUAUAUUAUAUACGUUGAACAGGACCACAUAAUGUAGUUUUAUAUCCGCACACGUGCCGCGUUUUUGCGUUUCGAUUCGAGCGAGGGCGAGGACGACCCCACCCCGUUACCAUGGAAACCAUUUUAUUAUAGUAAUAAAUGUGAACUGUGAAUAACAAUGAACAGAAAACAUCGAACCAAUCAGCACAAGACUUUAAUGUGUGUCUGUGUGUGGGAAUUUGUGCCCGUUCAGUGAAAACAUGUCUUGAUAAGAAAGUGCCUUACCUAAAUUGUUGAUUGUUUGUGAAUGCGCUGGUGCUGCGCGCCGGAUCUCGAAGCAGGAAUGCCGCUCGUUAUCCUCCGUAUAAGGAUCACAUGACGGAUCAUUUUUGUAAAUUUAGUAAGAACUUGAAAUAAUCUUUUAGUUUGCGAUUGUUGUUUGUACGUUUUUAUAUAUAAAAGAGUGAUCAUGAUUAUCAAACGAUUACUAGACGCGGCCUCACGACCCAGUCAUCAAAAACAAUUACAACCAGCUCAGAUUUCUACUUAAAAUGAUUGGUUUCGAUGCCAUAACAGCUCAUUUUUCAUUGUUAAAUAAGAGUAAAUGUUUUAAAUAAUCUUAAAAGAGACACAAAAAUGCUAAAUUACUACAAAAUAUGAUGCUACACCAAUCAGAAAUCUGAAAUAUUUAAAUAACGAGGAGAGAUGACUUGUACACCUCGCCACCACGUCUGACUCUACGUUCACGAUUUUUCAAGUGACCAAACUUAUGAUUAAAAUCAAGAAAUCCGUUAGAUCAAAGAUCAAAGCCCUGAUCAAAGCUGCUGAACUUUGAUUGAUGGCUGCAUUGUUUCAUUUAUGUGAUGUUCCUGACUCCGCCCACUUUGCCCCCCUGCCGUGCUCGUGUCACUGGUUUCUGAGUCCCACCAAAAUCCCAAAAGCACCAGUUUCAUAUCAGUGGGUUGAUCAGGUGGUGAAAUCAGUAGCGUGUUUACUGUAGGAGUGAAUUAGAGAUUUUUCUUUUAUACUUACAGGAUUUAAAUGAUAUAAAUCGACACCAAGAAAAUUCCGCUUUCCAAGUACCAUCAUUAUUUCCAACACUAAAUGUAAUAUCAUAGAGGCCUUUCCAGUUCAGCUAUAAUAUAAAAUAAUGAAUAUAAUAAUAAAGCACAACACAGUCCGCUGAGAACGUCAAUCCUUCAUUGUAAACACUUGUGCUCUGUUCACCGUCACUCUUGAUCACCAGUUUUCAAGUUCAAGUGGCUUUAUUGUACAUUUACAUUCUCAGCAUUUAGCAGACAAGUACAGUUACAGUAUACAUUUUGAGCAAUUGAGGGUUAAGGGCCUUGCUCAAGGGCCCAACAGCAGCAACCUGGCAGUGGUGGGGCUUGAACCAGCAACCCUCUAAUCACUGGUCCAGUACCUUAACCACUAGGCUACAGUUGGCCCCUAUUGUUCAGUUGUGUCCUAUUGUAUUGUACAAGUACAUAUCGAAACAAAACAUGGAAUUUAACCAUUUGCUGAAUUCAGCAGAAGCUUUUAUCUAAAGCGAUUUACAAACUUGACUUACAGUCUCCAGCAGUGGGGCUUUAGUCAGGAACCUUCUGAUUACUAGUCCAGUAUACAACCACUGAGCUACACAAGUGCAAACAACACAAUACACACACAGUGCAGAUAAAUAAACAGUACAAUAAAUAAAUACAUACAAGAUACAUUCCGAAUCUAAAGAAACUGAGAGGGACGGGACCAAAGAUGAGUGUAGUGUUGUAGUGUUCAUGUUACUGAGGUAAAAAACAUUCUGAUAUACAGUUAGCAGUGUAAAGUUUAUAUAGGAGCAGAUAUCUUAAAGAAUAAUGUGUUAAAAUGUAAGUGAGAAAGUCACUCAGUGUUUGUGUGUAUUAGAGUCAGAGUUUCUGCUAAGGUGGAAAUAUUGUCCUCCUCAUCCUCUCUGUUUCUAAUCGUCCCUGUUUGAUCCGUGAUUAUUAGAUUUCAGAGCCAUUUAAGCUCCCUGAGCAAUGACAUUUUUUCUCGUUAAUCCCCUCGUGUACCAGCAGAGGGAGACAGAGCACCACUGUACAGUAAUGUGAGAACCACUGAUGUUAUAUAAGAAUAAUAAUUAAAAACUAAAGUUUAGUUGUUCGGGUUUAAGAAUCUCUGAGUGUGUCUGAGAUCAGAUCAGGUUCAUGAGCGCUCAGGGGGGUGAGGGUGAGUUUCAAAUCAGCACUUUCACUCGGUAGGUCCGCAGCUCUGCUCUCAAAACCAAUCGAGAAAUUAAAUGAGAAUGAAUGUGAAUGUAUGUGAGUUCAGCUGGUGGUACUCGGGCAUCCUGGAGGGCAAAAAAAUAUAGAACUGAAACACAGCAAUAACAUUUAAUAACGUUAAAGAAACAUACAUGAAUCAAUAACAUUCAAUAAUAACAUUUAAUAAUCAACAACGUUCCAUAAAUUUUAUAAUCGAUAACAUUUAAUAAUCAAUAACAGUCAAUAACAUUUAUUAAUCAGUAACAUUUUGCAAUAUUUAAUAAUCUAUAACACUCAAUCAAUAACAUGUAAUGACAUUUAAUAAUAACAUUCAGUAAUAUUCAAUAAUAUUUGAUAAGCAAUAAUAUUUAAUAACAUUUAUUACCAUUCAAUACUAUUUAAUCACAUUAAAUAUCAGGUCUUUUUACUGCUUUAAAAAUAUGCAAAGCAAUAAAAGCAAAAAGCAAAAAUAUCUACGACUCAAAACUGUAUUUUAAUAAAAUCUUUUGAAUAAUGUAAAUUAAUAACUUUUAAAGUAUUAAAUUCUUCAUAUCAUUUUGCUUGGAGCUUUAAUCCAGAUCUUUCUGAUUAAUUUUGUCUGAUUAAUUUUAUUCUUUAAUCUUUUUAGUCUUAAUUAAAGUCUUAAUGUUUCCCUCAUCAGCUCUAAUAUUCGGGUGCAUUUCGUUCUUAUUUAAUAUUUUUAGUAUUCUUACUUCUCUGUAAAAUCACACUUUGGUGUAGAUGGUUAUUUGUGAUAAUGAAGACCCCACCCCCCCAAUACCCCCCACCCCACACCCUCACACACCCGUCACCCCCAGAUCACACUGGGUCUCAUGUGUGAAGUCUUUCCUUCACGUCCAUCUGCUUACAAAUAAAUUCACACGUUUAUGUGCUUGUGUUAUGUUCGUAUAGCUUUGUGUGUGUGUGUGUGUGUGUGUGUGUGUGUGUGUGUGUGUGUGUAUGUGUAUGUAUGUAUGUAUGUAUGUAUGUAUGUAUGUAUGUAUGUGUGUGUGUGAAAGAUGUUUUUAUAUAAAAGUAACACAACACUCCAAAUCCACUCACCAAAAAUACUCUGACUUUUAAUAUUAUUUAGUCAUUGUCUUAUUGUCAGACCCGUGUGUGUCAGACCUGUAUUAGACCCGUGUGUGUUAGACCUGUAUGUGUGUGUUAGACUUGUGUGUCAGACCUGUAUUAGACCUUGUCUAUUAGACCCUUGUGUGUGUGUGUGUCAGACUUUUAUGUUAGACCCUUGUGUGUGUGUGUGUGUGUGUGUGUGUCAGACUUGUAUGUUAGACCCGUGUGUGUUAGACCCGUGUGUGUGUGUUAGACCCGUGUGUUAAAUCUGUGGAUUAUGAAUUUUCUGUAUUUGUAAUAUUUUUGCAUCUGACAAUCUUGUAAUAAAAUCUGUGACUGCACAUAAA